ACUGGGUUGGGCUAAUGCGAAACUGCGUUGAAUUUGAAAGCUCACGCCGGACUGUCACUCUCUCAUCGACACUGCCUCCGGCCGAUGAAGCAGGAAAUCGAUUUUCUAUAAUUAUUAUUUAUAGCACAGAAAUAUAAGUCCGUCGACAAUUCAAAGCGCUCCGGCGCUGCUGUAAUCAGUGCGGAGAGCUGGUGAUUGGAUUUAUCCAAUCGUUUUGGCUUCGAGUUCGAAAGCAAUGCCGGCGUCCUCGUCGGUGAGGACAUGGAGGACGGCUUUUCUGUCAUUGAGGGACGAAACCUUGACGAGCACUCCUCGUCAUUCGACGAUUGGGAAGCUCCUCGAUCGUCUUCUCUUCUCCAAUUCCAACUCUCUCCUCUCUGCCGCCCCCGACCUCCCUCCUCACGAGGUUACCUCCGAUGUUCUGUUCCUCUUGGAACUGGCUGCGAAUGCUACUCCUCAUCUAGGGCAUGAUACGAUCCCCACCUUGUCUCAAGUUGUUCAGCUGAUCCAUGGAAUCUGUCAUCGUACUACUGUUGAGUUGAAUCCCUCUUCUUGGACUUUCAUACUCGAUUCUUUUGGGAAGAUGCUGGAAUUCUGUAUUGGCAACAACUCUGCUACCAGCUCUGUCAUAGAAUGCUUGGAGACUGUAAGACGCCUCAUGAGUGUGUACCACCAAAAAUGUGCAAUGCCGGACAAUGUUCAGUUGGUGAAGUUUCUUCUCCAUAUUAUUUCUUGCUCUCAUGUACAGUUGAUGUCCGAGUCUUAUGUGAGUGGCAUCAGAGGGGGUUCUGCUGCCAUGGGACGGAGAUUAUCUCUAUAUAAUAGUUUAUGGGAAGUUCAGACGGUUGCGUUAACUAUGCUUGGAGAAGCAUGUUCUAGAGUUGGGUCUACUUUUCCAGUUGAUAUUUGGCACUCAACUAUUGAGGUGCUUAGGAAAUUGAUGGAUUUCUUGGCUUCUAAGAGUUUUCUUGUGGAAGACAAUUUAAUGUCCAGGUUUUAUGACUCUCUUCUCCAUUGCUUACAUUUGAUUCUGAUGGAUCCUAAAGGUUUCCUUUCUGAGAAUGUGUCUGGUUUUGUGGCAGCAUUGCGGAUGUUCUUUAAUUAUGGCCUCACCAAGAGGCCCCAACUUACACGUCCAGCUGUUAAUUACAAAGAGAAGGAAGUGGGUUCAACAAGCAAGUUGAAUGCAGAAGAACAUUCAAAAACAGAUUCAACUAGGUAUAAGCCUCCACACUUGCGCAAGAAGCAAAUAAUGCCCAAAGCUGAGGAUUCCCAAGGUUUUUCUUCAAUAGUUGAUUUUGCAUCAUCAGAUUCAGAUUUCAGCGAUAGUGAUGGAUCUUCAAAAGAUGCGGAAAGUGUUCGAAACUCCAAAGUUAGAGUAGCUGCCAUCAUGUGCAUUGAGGAUCUUUGUCGUGCUGAUCCAAAAUCAUUUACUAGCCAGUGGACAAUGCUUUUGCCAACCAAUUAUGUGUUGGAACCAAGGAAGUUUGAAGCAACUCUAAUGACAGGAUUGCUGUUUGAUCCUUACUUAAAGGCUCGAAUGGCAUCUGCCUCAGCUCUUGUGGUCAUGUUGGAUGGGCCUGCAACCGUUUUCCAUCAGGUUGCAGAAUACAAGGAAUCAACUAAAUUUGGAUCCUUUAUGGCACUUUCAAGUUCCCUUGGACAGAUACUGAUGCAGCUUCAUACUGGUAUUAUGUACCUGAUUCAGCGCGAAACUCAUGGUAGAUUGUUGGCAUCCGUGUUCAAGAUUCUCAUGAUUUUGAUAUCAUCGACACCGUAUUCAAGAAUGCCUGGGGAGUUGCUGCCAACAGUAAUCACAUCUCUACAAGCAAAGAUUGAGGAAGGCUUCCCUUUCAAAAAUGAUCAAACUGGUCUUCUGGCUGGUGCUUUCAGUUGCCUUACAGCAGCUGUAGCUGCAACACCUUCGUCCAUACACGUCAAAGAAAUGCUUUUAAGAGAAAUAUCAGCAGGUUUUCAAGAUUCUGAAAAGAAACCAGGUGUUCUUUUCACUCUAUUUCGACAUUCUGAACAACUAGGCAGCCCAACAAUAUGCUUUGAGGCACUUCAGGCCCUCAGAGCUGUGUCACACAAUUACCCAAACAUAAUGUUUGCAUGUUGGGAACAAGUUUCCACCAUUGUUUCCAGGGUUUUAGGGGUAGCUAGCCUUGGAAUUUCUACGCGGGUAUGGAAGGGACAUGUGGGAAACUAUGAUGGGUUUGUUGGGGAAAAAGUCAUUACAGCUGCUGUCAAGGUCUUAGAUGAAUGCCUUCGUGGCAUAUCUGGAUUUAAAGGAACUGAGGAACUUUUAGAUGAUAAACUAUUGGAUACUCCAUUUAUUUCUGAUUGUGUGAGGCUGAAGAAAGUAUCAUCUGCUCCAACAUAUGUCCCUGAGAGUGUAGAAGAUAUUGAAGAGCCAAAAACAUGUCAAUCAGCAAGCGAACAGUGGUCUUAUGCAAUUGAGAAAUUCAUACCUUUGGUUUUGAGGCACACUUCUGCAAUGGUGAGAACUGCAUCAGUUACUUGUUUUGCUGGAAUUACUUCCUCCGUGUUCAUCUCUCUCACACAGGAGAAACAGAACUUCGUUAUUUCAUCUUUAAUUAAUGCUGCUAUAGGUAAUGAAGUCCCUGCAGUAAGGUCAGCUGCUUGUCGAGCCAUUGGUGUUAUAUCAUGUUUUCCUCAAAUCUGCAAGAGUGCAGAGAUACUCGACAAGUUUAUCCAUGCCAUCGAAAUCAAUACACGUGAUACCUUGGUCUCGGUGCGAAUAACAGCCUCUUGGGCUUUGGCAAAUAUUUGUGAUUCUGUCCGGCACUGUAUUCAUGACUUUUCCUUGAAGGAGAGUACAGGCUCAAAUGCAGAUGCUUCGUUGGUGGCUUUUUUAACUGAGUGCGCUUUGAAUUUGACAAAGGAUGGAGACAAGAUCAAGUCAAACGCAGUGAGGGCUCUUGGAAAUUUGUCAAGAUUUGUUAUAUAUACGCAUCCAUCUGGUGAGCGUGAUAAGCCAGUAGAAGAUACAGUCUUAUCAUUGACAACCAACGAGAAUAAAGUGUUCAUGGUAACUGAUAAUCUGGAAGAUACCUAUAAUAAAACAUCAGAUGUAUAUCAAGCUGCUUAUUUGGGCGAUUCAAGUUGGCUGGAUAGAAUGGUGCAAGCAUUUAUUUCUUGCGUUACGACUGGGAAUGUGAAGGUCCAGUGGAAUGUUUGCCAUGCUUUGAGCAACCUUUUUUUAAAUGAAACAAUAAGAUUGCAGGAUAUGGACUGGGCUCCUUCUGUAUUUGGUAUUCUUAUGCUACUAUUACGUGAUUCUGCUAACUUCAAGAUCCGGAUACAAGCUGCUGUCGCUUUAGCUGUCCCAGCCUCUGUUCUUGAUUAUGGAAAAUCGUUCUCAGAUGUUGUCCAAAGUCUAGAGCAUAUACUUGAGAAUCUUGGUUCAGACCAUAUUCCAGCAGCAUCAAGUUUCAGAUAUAGGACUGUACUUGAGAAGCAGGUAACCUCAAGUUUUUUGCAUGUCCUUGGCCUUGCUUCAAGCAGUGAUCAGCAACCUCUCAAAGAUUUUCUUGCGAAAAAAGCAUCAUUUCUUGAGGAGUGGUUUAAGCUGCUAUGCUGCUCAUUAGAUGAGACAAAUAUGCAGUCUGAGGUUGAAAGUUCCUUAGGAAACCAAAAGAAAGAGAUGAUUGCCAAGGCAGUACGAUCACUAACUGAAGUGUACGCAGACAGAAAUCACCAUGCACUUGCACAGAGAUUUGAGAAGUUGGAAAACAGCAUAUAAUGAUCUUGUGCCAUUAUUGUUUAUCUGGGUUGCAAUAGUGUGCAUUCUUGCAAUGCAUUAUACUGCAGCAGACACCAGUCAUGAUUUUUAUAUCUGUCUAUUUAAAUGUAUUGUAUGAAGAAACUGCAGCUUAGUUUGAAGAUCCGUAUUGCUACCGUGGUAGUUGGAGAGGAAGUUGAAGGAGGAGCGGGGGAUGGAUCCAGGCAAGAGCUGUGGGGCCAUAGAGUGAGCAUAGAUUCUGGGUCGGAUGAUACUGGUCCAGGCAUUUCUUAACCUAUCAAGUCGUUGGCAGUGUCCGCUCAUUACUCUACGUGGUGCAAGUAUGUGAUGGAGGAUGUAGAUUUGAUGUCCAGAUCCAGAUACUAUACCGUUCACAACUGGAGCUGGCCACUUCAAUUAACAAAUUGGCGGUGCACUGUCUGUAAGUGACAAAAGUCUUGAAUGCACUCUGGACAAUGUUUAUUAGUGCCUCUGCAUGUGAUUGACAAUGUAAAUUAAUGACUCUGCAUGUGAUUGUUAAAAUAUCAUGUCAGCAUUUUAGGUAUUGCUGGUGUCCCCUAUAUGAGUCUGGCUGUCAGAUGAUACUUUCUUCAUUUUGCGAAGCAGUAAUGUUGAUGCUCCACUGUUUUGUAGAUAUUAAACAAUGUCAUUAACAUUAUAGGAUAAAUAAAAUUAGGAGUUAAGAGUGGUACUUAUGUUA